CGGGAGAAGAGCUGGCUAUUUAGAGUCAUGCAGGAGCUCCAGUCUUCGCCAGAUUGUCAUUCAAUGAAGCGUGACUAAGACCUUGAUCCCCUCAGUUAACCUCAGCACCCAGGAUUUUGGACUACUCCUCACAUCAAGCUACCUGCCUGCCUGCUCGCCCUGCCUGCAACCAAGCUCACAACACCAUCCACAGAUAACAUCUCCUGGUUCACCCCUCCACAGUCAGUCUCACGCAGAAACAGUAAGCCGCUGUCAAUGCUGACACAACCCAGCACCUUUCCCUGCAAUAACCCUCUGCCCUUUCCACAGAAGAGUUGCCCGGACCUGGAUCAAGCUACCAACACUUAUCAUUAAUAAACAUUGUCGCACCUUUCUCCUGGCUGUCUGAGUGUUCUGCUUUUGGGUCCGCUUCCUGGUACCGCGGCUGCAGGCCGUGUCAUAACUCUGCUCCAAUAUGCAUUGUGAAGCUCAUGUGAUGCAAAAUACUACCCACAAUCAGCAAAACUUGAACACAAUGAACAUACCUGGUGUCAAUCAGUAAACACAACGACUCAUAAUUGAAAACACCUAUUGCAAAUGAUGUGACCACACCUAUAUAAGUCAGUGCAGUUUGCUGAAAGUUCAAAAACAAAAAUGGAUGAUGAAGACAGAAGAAGAGGAGUUUGUGUCAGAGAAGGGAGAGGAGUUUGUGUCAGAGGAGGCAGAGGAGCGGGCCGAGGAGGGAGAGGAGAAGGAGGGCAAGCAAGACAACGCAUUUUCAUUACAGAUGAAAUGAGAGCAACAGUCAUUGACCACGUCAUUGUCCACGGCAUGACAAUGACCGAAGCGGGACAACGAGUCCAACCAAACCUCAGCAGAUUCUCAGUGGGCACCAUUAUUCGGGCCUUCAGAGAACACAACAGAGUUGAAAGAUUGCCAUUUGCAGGUGGGAGGGCUUCCAGAUUCACACCAGCCCAAGAGGUCCUCAUUGUGGAUAUGGUUCGGGAGAACAAUGUGAUCAGACUACGGGAGAUACGGGAGAGGAUCAUUGGUGACAAUUUGAACUUUCCGACCAUUGACAAUGUCAGCCUGACAACCAUAGACAGAGUCCUCAAGCGCCAGAGAGUAAGAAUGAAGCAGGCCUAUAGGGUACCCUUUGAGCGCAACUCUGGAAGAAUAAAACACCUCCUUCACCAGUAUGUGCAAAGGAUGUUCCAGUUGGAGUCCAUGGCCAGACCCCAUGAAUUUAUAUUUGUGGAUGAGGCUGGCUUCAACCUCACAAAAAGGAGGAGGAGAGGCCGUAACAUCAUAGGACAGAGAGCUUUCGUUGAUGUGCCCGGCCAACGUGGAGGAAACAUCACUCUCUGCGCUGCCAUGAGUUCUAGAGGGCUUCUCCACCGGCAUGCUGAACUUGGUGCCUACAACACUGAGCGUCUCCUCACCUUCCUAGGAGAGCUCAGAGAUGUUUUGCAUGACAAUGACCACCUGAAUGCUCGGCCAGCAGAUCACCACGACCAGCAGAUUCCUGGACCAGCUGAUCUUCCCAUAUACGUCAUCCUCUGGGACAAUGUUAGCUCCCAUCGCAGCAUCCAGGUCAGAGAGUGGUUUAACAUCAAUCAGCAAUUCAUUAAUGUGUGUCUGCCACCCUACUCUCCGUUCCUAAACCCAAUAGAGGAGUUCUUCUCAGCAUGGCGGUGGAAGGUCUAUGACCGCCAACCUUACACUAGAGAGAACCUUCUCAGGGCUAUGGACCUGGCCUGUGAUGAUGUGGCUGUGGAGGCGUUCCAAGGCUGGGUGCGGCAUGCCAGGGCAUUCUUCCCACGUUGUUUGGCUAUGGACAAUAUUGCCUGUGACGUUGAUGAGGUCCUGUGGCCCGACCCAGCCCGACGACGUGAUGCCUCUCCAUGAUUUCGGUGUCAACAUACAACAUACUGUGUCAAUUUUCAACGUACUGUAAUAAAAGAAAUCGCACCCUGAACAUUGUGUUCUCAAUUGUUACUGUACAGUAUCUAUUGUGUGUAAUGGAUCCUCCAUGGAGUUUAGUACUCAUUUUUGCAUUGAGUUGUGAUAUUACUGCAUUUUCUGCAUUAUGUAACUAUUCCCAUGAAAUGCACAAAUCUAUAGAAAAUGCCCAAAACAUAUUUGAGAAUAAAUAAGGGUUGCUCAAAUGCAUCCUGGCAGUUGUGAAACUGUAAAAAGAACAGUCUCACACUGUGAAAAUUGUGCUUUCAAUUUUUUUGGUAAUGUGGUUAAUGAUGCUCAGUAGUGUUUACAUUUUUGCAGGCCUUGAGUGGUAUUUUGGUGUCAGUUUGCUUUUGAGCAUAUGAGCAACUGUUUUGGUGUGAUGGGUUGGUUUUGAAAAGAAACUGUGAGGUUUAGUGUACGUAGCUUUAGAAAAGUGUUUUGUGUUUAGAGUUUUGUGAAAAGUGAGGGCAGUAUCGUGAAAUGUGUUUAAGCAAUAGAGGAAAAACUGUAUUAUUAGUGGCCCUACACCCUGUGAUGACUGAAUAAUUGUGUGUUUUCAAACAUUGUGUGAAAUUUCAAACUGGUCGUCCUGCAGCCAUCCUCUAAAUUUA